UCUUAUCAGUGAUAGCGCGCGUUACAACGACACACCUGGUGAAUGCGCGUCCGGUCAGAGUGAACAAGAUGGACGAAACGUCGACCAUCAUCAGUGACCGAACGGAAAUCUUCGAGCAACGCUACCCGGCGCCAGAAAGUCCUUUGGACCUACGCGGGACACCAUCUGCUGCAGACAAUCGGGACAAAUCCAAAAAGAAUUCUCAACACCCAGUGAUCAAACCACCCUACUCCUAUAUAGCCCUGAUAACGAUGGCUAUACUUCAAUCACCUCACAAGAAGCUAACCCUCAGCGGUAUAUGCGAGUUCAUCAUGUCCAGGUUCCAUUACUACAGAGAAAAGUUCCCCGCUUGGCAGAACUCCAUAAGGCACAACCUCUCGCUGAACGACUGCUUCAUCAAGAUACCCCGCGAGCCUGGCAACCCAGGCAAGGGUAACUACUGGACCUUAGACCCCCUGGCUGAAGACAUGUUCGACAACGGGAGUUUCCUGAGGCGCAGGAAGCGCUACAAGAGGCCCUCGCCCAACAUGAUGCUGCGCGACCAUCACGCCUCCGCUAUGGUAGCCUCUUUCCUUUCCAGCCAGGAGAACUAUCACCACGGGCUGUUCGCGCCCAACCCCUACCCCUAUCUGCCUGGGCUGCCCUUGCUCAGCCCCAUGGACCUGUCUAGGAUGGGGCUGGGGCCUCUGGGGAUGCUGCCGCAGCCGACGCUGUGCAAGCCUGUGCCUGUGCAGCCUGCGAGCCUUAAGGAGGAUUACCUGGCGACGGACUUGAAGAAGAAGUCGGGGGGGUUCUCCAUCGACAGUAUUAUGGGGCACGAAGGUAAGGGGGAUGGGGGUGGUGAGUUGGGGUUGACUAGGAUCCGUAAUCAGGGGUCGGCUUUUUCGCCGUUGUCCGUGGGGGAGGAUUGGACGAGGUGAAAGUUUGAGGGGGUUUAGACUGGAGCGGGAAUUUUCAAGGGGUGAAGC